CCACGAACCUUCCAAGUCAAUACCUUCUCCCAGAAAUCAGUUGUGAUGUUCUCAAAGAGGAAAUUUUUGAUGUUGACAAGCUUAAUACUUCAGACGUAUAUGUAAUGCAGUUCUAUAUGUCUCUACACAGAGUUGUCAAGAAUUUAGGUGUCGAUAUAGGUACAGAGGAAUCUAAGACCGACUCAUAUUUGUCAUCAUACUUUAAAUUUAGAAUCAAAGAAAACUACAAAUUGACCAUUAGGGAUAAGAAAGUAUCAGCAAAUCCUGAUUUUGUAGUGUAUAUGAAAGAAAUUGCUAUGAUAGUCACAGAGGAUAAACAUUUGAAAAAUGUCUCGCUUCCUGACUAUGGAGAAGCACAAAUACUUGCUGAGAUACUUGCUUGUGGAUGGGAAAAUUUGGAUCAAUCUGGGAAAUAUAUCAAUCAGACUAUUUAUGCAAUCCGUGUCAUCUCAUCAUAUGUGACAUUUUAUAAGGCUGAAAUUCCUAUAAUGUAUUGGAAAGAACUCAAGAGAGGCUUACCACGAAAACAAAUGAUUAAGAUUUUAAGAUGGCCAGGAGAAAAUAAUAAAGAAUCUGGUCUAGAUUUGGCAAUACCAAAAGAUAGGCAUGCAGUAUUUGAAGCAAUAACCAAAAUUCGCCAAUCUCUUUUGCAAUCUGCAUCCUCCACAACCACUUCUACCUCUCACAUUGUUACCAGCAUCACAGCACUUACAGAGCAAGAAAACUUCUGA